AUGAAGUAUAGGUCAAUUCCAGGACACUACGGACUGAGCAAAACGUGUCCCUCUCAUGUCUCUGAUCAGACCAUCACCCCCCUGAACGACACCAAGCACCUAUUGGUGUCAGCCUUCAUGGACCAGAGGGUGAAAGGCUUUGAUAUACGCAUCAUAGGCAUCUUCUCAAUAGACUCCAUCCAACCUCUUCACUGUUGCUUCUGCUGUGAAGGUUUCUUGUCGAUCACAACUCCAGCUAAAAUUGUACAACAUUCAAACAAAUUUGGAUUUCCCUUCGUCGCGACAGAUGUCAUGUGUCCGAUUCCUGAAAACUGCAACGCGGCACAUGUCACUCUUCUGACUCAGCCAGAGAGUGGGAAUUUAUCUAAACAGAUUUGGCUCCCGAUAAGAAACAGAAAGACCAACAUGGACGAGAAGGAAAAGUUGCAGUUUAACUUCACAGUCUGCAUCUCCAACCUGUUUGGAGACUACAACAACGUGCUUCAGUUCGCCCAGACCCUGGAGAUGUACAGGUUGCUGGGUGUGGGCAGAGUGGUGAUCUAUAACACCAGCUGUGGCCCAGAGCUCGAUCGUCUGCUGCAGAUCUACAGCCAGGACGGCUUCCUGGAGAUAGUUCAAUGGCCCAUCCACCAACAUCUGAUUCCAUCUACAGGUUGGCUCUUCUCAGAGCACGGAGGGGACGUGCACUACUUUGGCCAGUUAGCCACGCUGAAUGAGUGCAUUUACAGAUCCAUGGAGCGCUCACGCUACGUCUUGUUGAACGACAUUGAUGAAAUUAUAAUGCCUUACCAACACGACAACCUGAUGUCUAUGAUGAACAUGCUCCAAGAGCAGCAACCAAAUGCUGGGGUGUUCAUCAUAGAGAACCAUUUCUUUCCCAAGAAACCCUUUGAGGGAGACAAACCAGGUCCACUGCCUCAAUGGAGAGGGGUGCCAGGCUUUAAUAUUAUGGAGCAUAUCUACAGGGAGGAGCCGGACAGAACCAAAUACCUACCCAACAAGUUGAUAGUUAAGCCAAGGGCGGUGGAGCAGACCUCGGUUCACGAAGUGCUCAAGCAAUUCAAAGAAACUUUCAAGGUUCCGUUUGAAGUCUGUCGGAUCAUCAACUGCCGAAUGACGUACCCAAAAUCACGGCUGGAGCAACUCCGUGUAGACACCCGACUGUGGGACUUCUCAGAUGAUCUACUGACCAGCGUGAUGAAGAUGCUGAGGAGAGCCAGGCUGCUGAGCGCAGAGCCAGAGGGUCGACAGAUUGGAUAA